AUGCUCACCGCGCUGAUGGCACCAGCCCUGACCAUCGUCACCAGCGGCCUAUACACGCCCACCCCCGUUCCAUGGCGCCACGACAUCGCACUGGACGUCACAGGCUGGUUCCACAUCGGCGACGGCAAAGUUCGCGACGUCAGCCUCGGCGGCGACUACGACUUCCUCUCCCUGAUCGAAUACACCAACAUGACCUACCCGCAAUGGACGCACGGCCAAUACGCCUUCUCCACCUUCAACCCCGCCGCCAUCCACGGCAGCAACGACAACGACACCGCCCUCACCCUGGCCGCCGCCCGCCUCCCCGCCGCCCGCGCCAACAUGAACUGCACCCUAACCCACUACUUCCCCCACCUCAACGACUCCGCCCGCACCCAAUACAUCACCGUCGACCCGCCCGCGGGGUGCCACCCGCCGCCUCUCCUCACCACUACCACCACCUCCGACGCCAACAACACGAACGGCACCGACCGCCAACUCCGCUUCUCCCUCGCCUCCCCACCCACCACCAUCGACGCCGACGGCUACUUCGUCAACGACCUGACCGAGUACGGCAUGCUCUACUCGUCCGGCAUCGCCUCCGAAGACCUCAUCCCAGCCGCCGUUUGCGGCGACGACCGCAGCCACUUCUGGUACCUGUCGGGGCACCGCCGGGAGAACGGGACGCACGACUCGCUCUCUCUCCUCCACUGCACGCCGUACAUCGAGGCGCUCGUCGUGGCGACGAACUUCUCGCUGCCGGGGGUCGAAGUCGUCGUUGGGGAGGGGGAAGAGGACGAAGCAGCGGUCGUGCCGGAUGAGGAUUCCGCGGUCUUCAUGUCCGCGGCUCCGAACGCGACGGCAAGGCCGUGGAAUGAUGUGGGGCAGUUUUUGUCACUGCUGGUUAACGGCACGGGGGGGAUGCCGCUGAGGGAGUUUGUGGGGAGGGAGAAUGUGGACGGAUUUAGGGGGAGGCUGGAGGAGCUGUAUGGGAUUUAUAUCGCGCAGGUGCUGCAUACGUAUUAUCGCCGGAGCACGCUCGACGGUGAUGGCGGGGAUGACAGGGAUGACGGGGCUGCGGCGCGGUUCGCUGCUGAGCCGAUUAAUGGGACGGUUGUGGAUGGCGCGCGGAUGCGGCUCGUGCAGAAUACCGUCUCGACGCGUAUCUUGGAGGGGCUGUUGGCGGCGAUGCUGGUGUGCGGUGCCGUGGCGUGCGUGUUGGAGGGGAAGACGCGCAUUUUGCCUAAGGACCCGGGGAGCAUUGCGGCGAAGAUGAGUUUGUUUGCGGAUGGAGAGGUGUGGCGGGACAGGGUGGUGGUGGAGGAGUUGAGGGAGGAAGAGCGAGGGGGGAGGAGGAGAGAAGAGCUUUUCAAGGGGUGGGUGUUUAGGAUGGGGUGGUGGGGUGAGGGGGAGGAGGGUGCGGGUGGAGGAGAUGGGGAGACUGGGAAGAGGAGGUUUGGGGUUGAUGCUACGAGGGUUUAUGUCGACAAUGGGUCUUCCGGUGUUUAA